ACAUUUUUCAUCUUAGUAUACAAAAUGGCUUUACCUCCAAACUAUAAGCAAGUAGCAAUGGCUACAUCAAACAUCGUUUCAUCUAAUCAACGACUUCGAGCAUCUGGUGGAAGUAGUAGUAGUUCAACUAAUAGUGUUGAAUAUGAAAAGAGUUUGAAAACUUAUCACAACUCACCUGCAUAUUUAGCUUAUAUUGCAGCAAAAAACAGGGGAAAAUCUGCGUUAUGCGCUGCACAACAAAAUAAUGACGAUCGAGAAAGUCAUGAACGUUCAUCAGGCAGUACUAAAGGACAAGCAGCUCAAGAUAGAAGAAUAGAUAUUUUACCUGCAGAAGAUGAUGAUGACCAAGAUGAUGGAUAUUCCGUAAAACAUGUUGCAUACUCCCGAUACACUCGAAAUCACCGUCUUAUUAAUGAAAUUUUUAGUGACACUGUAGUUCCUGAUGUUCGUUCUGUUGUUACUACACAACGAAUGCAAGUACUGCGUCGUCAAGUGCAGUCUUUAACGAUGCAUCAGAAAAAACUUGAAGCAGAAUUACAACAAAUAGAAGAAAAAUUUGAAGCAAAGAAACGUAAAUUUAUUGAGACAAGUGAAAUAUUUCAAGAAGAAUUGAAAAAACAUUGCAAACCAGCAGUGGAUGAAGAAACAUUUAAUAAAAUGGUAGAACGACAGUAUGAAGCGCUUAGACGAGAUAGAUUAAAAGGCGCUGAAGAAAAUCGUUCAGAUGGGCCUGCAUCAAGCGAAUCAACUCCGAAUUCUACUCCUACUCCAACUCCUGCUCCUAUUAAUGACGAAACACCAUCUGAUGUGCCUGAUAAUGAUACAAUGGAUAAAAAAACAAAUGGAUGUGAAAAACCUAAUAUUGAAAUUAAGAAAGAAACAUCUUCUCCACCAUAUACGGAAAAUAAAUCUGAACCACCACUAACUCAAGCAAACUCGAAUCAACAUACAUCCAAUUCUGGAAUAUAUUGUGGAACUGUUAGUCCUAUACAGCAGCAACAACAACAAACACCGCCACCGCCACCGCCGCCACCACCAUCACAGCAGCAGCAACAACAACAACAACCUUCACAACCACAGCAACAACCAACCCAGCAACAUCAACAGCCACCACAUCAGCAGCAUCCACAACAGCCACCACAUCAGCAGCAUCCACAACAACAGCAACCAACUCAGCAAUCACAACCACUUUCUUUACAACCACAACAACCUACUACUACAGCAACAGUGACUGCUGCACCUGCUAAUACAAGUGCAAAUGCAACUGCAAAUACAUCGACUAUGCCUCCUGUUUCUUCUCCAGCUCCUCCUAUACAACAUAAUCCUCAUCAACAAGGAAUGUUAGCUAAUCACUCAAUACCACCUCAUCAAGGAACCCAAGGAACCCAGGGAACACAGGUGCUUCCAUCUCAAGGACCAGUUUCUAAUCCACAUACUCCUCAGAUGAUUCCACCGAAUCAAGGCUACAGUCAACAGUAUCAACCUGGGCCUACCCAGCAGGCUCAAAAUGUUCCAUUAGCUCCAAGACCUCCGCAUCCAUCUUAUGCUUACUCUCAGCAACAACCAUAUCAUCAACCAUAUCCUCAAUACGCACACCCGUAUUACCAUCAACCAUAUUCGCAAUACUCGCCACACACCAUAGGCCGCCCUCAUACCCAUGGCCCUCACAGCCCGCACAGUCCUCAUUAUCACCCACAAUCUCCUCAUGCUGUUGCAGAAAAUAAUACUACUAAUAACAGUGUACCUGGUUCAAGCACUGCUUCUGCACCAACUUCUGAUGCUAGUAAUUCAUCUUAUUCUCCAGCAUCGGGGCAUUGUGAAAAUGAACGUUCCGUUCCUCCAGAAAAUCAAGAAGGCCAAGUAGAUAUUAAAUCAGGAUCUGGUUAAUUAUUUUUUAUAACUGCAUACAUCUAUUUAUAGAUUUCCUUUGAUUUAUG